UUAAAAAGAGCGGGGAGCCGUUGCAUCACUGUAAGUCUCCAAUUACUACUACAAUUUUAUUUGUGUCCUAUGUAUCAAAGCUUUCCCCGUUUCUUAUGGCUUCUUUAUCUUACUAAUUGAAUCCCGUGGCAACCACAGUAAGUGCUGUGGAAAUUUGUCUACAUUUGUCAGCACAGUACUGAAGAGCUGAUGCAAAGAUGGACCCAAUUAAGGACAAAUUCCAUUUCAUAGAACUAGAAGAGGGGGACAAUGGGGAGUGCAUUUUAAUUCUUAAAAAUGACGGCAAUAAAGAACUUCAGUAUAUGGAUUCGUGUUACAAUGAUGACUAUGCAGAAGAGAUCAUCAACAUCACCAAUGACAAAACGUGUCAGGAGUGCCAGACUGACAGCUGGGAUUGCAGUAUUAGUACUGUCCUGUUUGUGAACAUACCUGUCCUCUUUUGCUCACAGCCAGCUCCAUGUGUUGCCUCUACACAAUGUAACAUUCCCUACAAAGUUGAUGCAUGUGUCGGAACUAGUGGCAGUGAUUCCUACUGUACUCCAAAGUUUCAAGAAGGAGACCAAAAUUAUGAUAAAGAUAUUGCAAAAGCACUUGAUGGUAAAUGUGAAAAGGCCAUUCUGAAGAAGGGUACACUUCUGCCGACUGACCGUACAAGAGAUCCUGAUACUGCAGUUCCAAGAAGGGGCAGACCAAGAAAACUCAUUCAGAAAGGAGUGACUUUUAAAUACAAGCGAAAGGUGAGAAGAAUUCCUCCGAAAACCAGAAAGGAUGUUGGUGUUGAAUCUUCUAUGAUUUCAGAGAAGACUCCUUCAAAAUUUAGAGAGGGAAGAAGAAGAAUCAAGAAAAAGGAUGCUGACUUUGAGUAUGAUUUUGGAGAUAGUGAAGAGGAGCUGGAAAUCAAACUGGAAGUGGAUGAUGAUAAUGACAAGGACUGGAAAGAAGGUAGUGAAGGUGAAGAGGAAGAAGCAGAUGAUAAAGACAUGAAAGAACUAGGAAGUAUGGAAACCAGAGUUGGAGAGGAAUUUAGAGAGGAAGAUGAUGAAAAUUUAGACCAGCUAUGGAGGUCUAAAGAUGAUGGCAAUCAGCUUGACUUUUUCAGUGGCCAGAAAGAUUCAGGUCAGGAUCCGGGCAGUGUUAUCAAGAAAGGAGAACUAGACGAAGACAUUGAUUAUAAAAGUUUUAUUGAUGCUGUUGUUUGGAAACCGGAGAUGACAGGUGACACUGAGUUGUACAGCAAUGCAGAAGAAGCUGGUUUACUUGAUGGUAAACAGAUUCAGACAGUUGGUGUUGAUGAAUUAGAUUGUGAAAAGAGUGAAAAGUUAUCAGAACGAAUCAAGAAGUAUGUGGAAAAUUCUCGAAAAAAAUAUCAUCAAGAGAGGGUAAUAAAUAGUGAUGGGAAGAAAGUAUUUAAGUGUUUGAAGUGUAACAAAGAAUUUGCUAAACGUUUAUUGUUAACAGAGCACAGGAAAGUACAUUCAAGAAAAUUUCGGAUAUAUAAUUGUAAUCAUUGUGGAAAAGUUUUUCACGAGGCACGAAAGUAUUUUUCACAUUUGUCAUUCCAUGAGCGUAUGUUUGAAUGUAGUUCAUGUGGAAGAAAGUUUUCAUUAUUAGCUAAUUUAAAAAAGCAUAUAGUAACACACCAUGAUGCAAAGGGAAAAGUAUGUGAAGUCUGUGGCAUGCAGUUUGCAUCAGAAGAUGAAUUAAGAGGGCACCACCAUUUCCAACAUGGCGAAGAUAAUGUCAGCACCUACAUUGCAAAAUGCGAACACUGCAACAGAGAAUAUAGACGAGAAGAGGCAUAUGUGCAGCAUAUGAGCUGUGCACCUUAUAAUUGUCCAACUUGCAAUAAGUCAUGUGGUUGUGAAUUUGAGCUCAAGAAGCAUAUUCGUUACGAGCAUGGUCAUUGUGUCUGUGAAUUUUGUGGAAAGUCUUUCAAAAACAAUUCGAUAUUAAACCACAUAAAGGUCAUGCAUAAGGAAGCUCCAGUGCAGUGUUUACACUGUCCAAAGAAAUUUGUUUACCGGUCAAGAAUGUUGGCUCACAUUGACUCUUGUCACAAUGCAGAAAAGAAGUACAAAUGUAAUCAGUGUUCGUAUUCGGCAAAAACAGCCAACUCGCUGAAUCUUCACAGAAGAAGGUGUCACUUGGAUCCCAAAAAACUAAAAUGGUACGAGUGUGACAUAUGCAAUAGGAAGUUUUAUUUGCCCUCUAAACUUACUGUCCAUUACAGAGCUCAUACUGGGGAAAAACCAUUUUCCUGUCAGACAUGUGGUAAAACUUUUGCUUGCAAAUACAAUAAAAAAGAACACGAGAGGGCCGUUCACGGUGAAAGAAUAGAGGUGAAAAACCCUGAUGGGAGCACACUUGUACAAAUGGUGAAACACCGAAGAGCACCAAGGGCUACAGGAAGGCGAUGCGAUUUAUGCGCCAUUGAUUUUCCUUCGACCACAGCUGUCGUUGAGCACAUGAAAAAAGUUCACACGCCGCAGUCAACUGAGUCUAUCGAGGAGACUUCAGAAGUGAAAGUUAGUGUUAAGUAUGAACCUCAGGAAGGAGCUGCAGACAAGUGCCUUGAAUACGAAGUAAUCGGAAAUGCCGGAGAUGUAAUUCUGUCCGACUCCUCGAGCAUGAUGAACAUUCGUGCUGAUGAAAUUCCAGAAAAUGCAACUUUGGUUGAAAUUGAUGGCGUUGAGUAUCAGGUUGUACGACAGUAGCAUCUGUACUCGAGAUUUUACCAAAUUACUGCUAUAUGCUACUUGGUUCUUGAACUGGAGACUUACAGGCAGUAGUAUAAGUAUUUGUAAACAAUAAUAAAUAUUUUGUAAGAU